AUGUAGAUAAAGAAGAGGCAACAAGAUGUGGUGAGGUUUCUGGAAGCCAAUCGCAUAGAGUUUGAAGAAGUGGAUAUCACCAUGUCAGAGGAGAAAAGACAAUGGAUGUAUAAAAAUAUUCCUGAGGAUAGGCAGCCCGCGCAAGGCAAUCCACUGCCACCACAGAUAUUCAGUGAUGAUCGAUACUGUGGAGAUUAUGAUGGCUUUUUUGAAUCAAAGGAGAGCAACACUGUCUUCUCCUUUCUUGGACUGAAACCUACUUUGGCAUCAAAGGAGUCAGAACCCUAG